AUGAGCGUAAACUGCCAGGUAUCCAUAAAACACAAAAAGUUGAUUUGCACGCAAAAUGAAGAGGUGAAUAACAGGUACAGUGAGCAAAGCGUGAAGAAUAAUUACCAACACUGCAGCGAUAGAAACGUGCAAAUGUAUAGUAACAUCUGCAAUUUAUUGCGUGGCGGCAGUGUACGAAACGGGCCAAACGGGUUAAACGGGCCAAGUGGGUUAAAUGGGCCAAGUGGGUUAAAUGGGCCAAGUGGGUUAAACGGGUUAAACGGGCCAAGUGGGUUAAACGGGUCAAGUGAGUCGAACGGGCAAAAUGGGCCAAACGGACCUAAAGGAUUAACUGGGCCAGGUGGCCCAAAUGAUUGUAUUAAGCCCAGUGUGAACCACAUGCACGAUGGACCUGACCAGAUUUACCACAACCAGGUGCACAACAAAGUGGAGGCAAACCGAAAUAAGCGUCCAUAUGUGCAUCCUCAAAAUAGGAUGACCUAUGGGAUGAGUGAAGUUAACAAAUCUGAGAGGGGUGCCGCUUUUGCAAAGUACGAUGCGUAUAAAGAUACAUACACCAACCAUGUGGAGCACUUUACACAGUGUAGGAAAAAGAAGAAUAUCAACAUGGUGAAUGCUGUAACGGAUAGUAGCCACACAAAUUUUACUACCCGUGGAGGUACCACCUGUGGCAUGCCCCCUUUUAUGAACCAUUCAUCUGGUGGAAGUCCUACAAGUGGAGAGAACCCUCCAAAUGGAUUUACACAGGAUGAGCGCAACUACCCCAUUAGUGCGAACGACGGGGGGAACCACCUGACGUUCCAUGACGUCAAAAGUUAUGGCAAUAAAGAGAUUCAGGAUAAUAUUUUUCCCCAAAAUUGUCUACUUAACGCAUAUGAAAGGGAUCCGAACUACCCCUUUGCUGUGCCCUCAAAUGGAGUGUACCAAACGGGACAAAUGUACUGUGAGGAAGGGAAUAACACCUCGGGUGAAUUUAGUUCGCUCUCUUUUGCAGGGCACAAAUCUCUUAGUGAGGUUACCUAUGGAAAUAAUUGCACAAAACAGAGGAACAAUUCCUACUUGGCAGACAAUGCUAAUUAUGAUGCACACCAGAAGAUAAUUCCAAAUGUGGAUUUACUCUCCCCUAAAAGUUAUUCCACUGCGCCGAAUGAACUGUCUUCUUCACUAAAUGUGUUGAACGAGUCAGGUAAUUCUUCUUCCGUAAAGUAUGGUUGCCACGAAAUGAAGGAUUUACUUAAAAAAAAUAUAACGUACAAUAACAUCAUCAACAACAAUAUAAUAAACAAUAACAUAAUAAACAACAUAAUUAGCAAUAACAUAAUUAACAAUAACGUAAUCAACAACAACCUAAUUAGCAAUAAUCUGAUUAGCAAUAAUUUCGUGGAGAGUGUGAGCAUAAUAAAUCAGUGCGUGUUGAAUGAGAACAAAGGUAUGCUUUGCGGACGGGAGGAUAAGAAGAUGGAGCCUAUAGGUAUAGCCACCAAUCUGGGGGAUCACCAUAUGAAUGCCAAUUUUCAAAAUGUAAAUUGCAUCAACGCGAAUGACAACGGAGGGGAGUUUAACCUGAGUAGCAUCUGUCGAAUGGCGAAUGGGAAGAACGAUUUUGCCCAGAGGAACUCCCCCGAUGGUAGUAAAACGUGGCAACUUGCUGAGAGGUAUGAAAUGUUUCGUAGCUAUGAAGUGAAUCCUUCGAACGAUGUGCUUACUUCAGACACCAACAUGUGCUACAAUGGUAGAACCGGCGGAGGGGUCCACACUACAUCGCAAGGAAGUCCUUAUAAUGGCAACUCGAGUAAGCCCCCCUGCAGCUUCACCCAAUUUGAUAACAACUACGUAGAUUGGAAUACCCCAUAUGAACAUGGAAAGGCAAAAAGUGAGGCCAAAAUGAAGGGCGCCCCAUUUUCGAUGAAGUAUUCAAAUGUGCCUACCUCAGGGAAAGCCGCCCUUUGGGACCAAAUGGAAUUUCACCCUACAGUUGGAAAUGACAUUAUGAGAAGGGACACUCAGCCCGAUUUGCAGGAGCGUCCAUGUGUGGGCACUCACAACAAUAACAAUGUCAUUAAACUUGAGCGUCAGCAUGUGGACGUAAGGCAGGGUCAAAGUCAUAAUCAAAACAUUAGUUUGAAGCAACGUAUCUGCAACGGGGGUGACAGUCACAGUAACAUAUCUGCACCGGUAGUCAAUGCAUAUCGUCUCAGCCAAGACUGUCAGAGGGAACAAAUUUCUCUUCCAAAUAGGUACGAUAAACAGGACAGUGAUAUGCUUUGUAGCAGAAUAGAACACAUUCCUCUUAACCAAGUCGAGAAGAAUGGGAGUGCAAAUAAAUCAUGUCAUCUGGCCAUCGAUAGUAAUAGGAGUAUAGGCAUGGAUCAGGUGAGGGGCAAACCACCCAACCAGGCAAAUAACAUUCGUACAGUUAGUGCAUGUACGGUUAAUAAACAAAUGAGUUUAAAUUAUAAUUUAGACGGUCCCUUCGGUGAAGUGCACAUGAACAGUGGCAGUGUUAGUGGUGAGGCCAGCCACGUCAACAGGCAGUGCGGCAAAGCAACACGCAUUUCCCAGCCGAGUUGCACCACUAGUCAAGUCAGCACAAACCAGUGGAACGAACUCAUCAGUAUGAGCACGAAUUAUAACACGAAAGGUGCAUGUAAAAGUAGUCUAUCAAGGCGCAUCCAAGGGGGAGGUCAGGAAAAAAAGUGUGUAAUAGGGGUGGCCAAUUCGAUCAAACAGAGACAGGCACUGACCAGGCCAACUAAUCGGAACUACUCCAGUAUGGGCAACUUCGAUGGGCGUCCCCCGAAGGAAGAAUUGGGAAGAAGCAACAAGCACACAGAAAUGUGUCACCAAACUGGUAAGGGAAAGGGUGUAACGAGUCAUAUCAAGAACAUAGCGGUGGAUACACUCUAUCCUAAUGUGCAGAUGCACGGUAGUGAAGGCGAAAGUAGGGAAGUAAAGAGUCAACCGAAAAUGCGAAAUGACGGAUUGGCUACUGCGAAGAGGAUACCCAUGGGGAUGUCGACGGAGAAAAGUGGGAACCACGUCCCGGGUGAUACAUGCGUUAGUAUCAAUUGCAAAAAGAGUAAAACGCACGGAAUGAAAAACAUGUGCAAUUUGCUCACGUUGUGCGGAUCCCAUUCCCCCCGGAAGUCGCUCGAAGUACAGUUAGCCACCGAGCUGGAAAAAAAAAAAAAAAAAAUAUUAGAUAUUUUGUUCCCUUCCAAGGGUGCGCCACAUUUCGUGAAUAACAAAAGCAUUCACAGUGAGAGGAGCGCUAUGAAAUACGCGCUAACACAACUUAGUGCAGCAAACCAAAUGGAGGGGGGGGAAAAAAAGAAAAAAAAAAAUUCCACCUAUCCAUUGAGCUGCACUAUAUUACACGAGAGGCACGAUAGUAAGAAAAAAAAAAGCCUCAAGAAAAUUACGAUUGACAGUUAUACUAGUGGGUGUGAGGAAAAACAUCAUGAGAAUUUUCCUCUUGAGUGCGAAAAUUUAGAGGAGAAAAAAAAAAUUGAGAAUUGCUUCCUCUAUGUGAGUAGAGCAGAUGGGGAAAAAGUGAGUCAUGGGAAGAGCAAAGUCAUCAGCAGUAGCAGCACUAGCACUGUGGGAAGCAGCAAUAGUAGUGGGCACCCACAGGAAGAGCAGCAGCUGCACCCUAGGCCUCUACAGGAAGGAGGACCUAGCAGCGUAUCAGACGAAUGUGCUUUCAUGAAUGGUAUUUCCAGCCAGGUGAGUGCGUUCCCCAGGAUAGGUACCUCCGGAGAAUUGCCAAACCAUUAUGGUACCGUAAAUGGGGAUUCGAAUCCACCUAUGAUGGAUGUUACAUUACAAGGAGGGUUUGACAAUAAAGGGAAUGUAAACAAAGCCUAUCAGGGUUACGUAAAUUGUGUUCCUAGUGAGUUGUUUGCCUGUGGGGGAGGACCCUCAGAUGCAGGAGACAUGUUACCAUACCGUAGCAGUAACAGUAAUGGUAAUAGUAAUAGUAGUGCCUCUGUUAUGAACAAUAGCAAGACGAAGGAAGAGGAAAAAAUGCGAACACAGAACGACGUUGUUGUGCAGUGUGAUCUUAUGUGCGGCGGCAGUAACAACGGAAGGGAGGUAGGUAAUAUUAGUACAUACGCCAACAAUGGGGUUUAUAAUAUGGGCUUACCUACACACGAUGAGAGGUUAUUUAGCAGCAGAGAUGGCAACGCUGGUGGGGAAGUCAGUAUGCUUAGUGCCCCCAAUGUUCCGCAAGAAUGUAGCAACUACGUUCUUAUUAACAGUUGCUCCGUAAACUGCCCUGACGGUACAGAUGCUGUUGUGUGUCCAUCUAACGCGUCAAACAUACAGGGCUCGUCCAACCGAAGCAAUAAUUUAGGCGAUUCUCCUUGCAACCCUGUGUGUGGAGAUGUAAGUGGCAAUAAACCCAACAGCGAUAAUAAUAAUGCUGUGCUUCACACAAACGAGGGGGCCCUUCCUACCCAGUUGAGUUCCUUCCAAGGGGGUUACGAUUCACGUGCACCGAACUGUGCAAAUGACACGGAGGAUAACUCCAAAGGGUACACUGUGAAUGGGGUUAACGCUGCUGGGUGUGUGGCUAUAGCGAGGAAUGUCAGGGACGUGGGUGAUAUUAGUAGCGUUAACAAUGUUAACAGCGUCAACAUGGUGAACGCCCCUUGCUACGCCAAGAGGAAUCCCUGCAAGGACAGAACCCAGGAGUGCGAAACUCAGAUUAAUGAUUUUAUCGGAAACAGCAUUCCGAAGGAGUCAACAGAUGGAGAACACAUGAUGAAUAUGAACCAGUGCGAAAAUGCUACCUUGAUUAACAAAGAAAUGGGUGGAACUUCUACACCUUUUGCGUGCCCCGAAAAUGCACAACAGGUGACCACCAUUAAGAUGCCCAAUAUUAAUAUCCCUUCGGAAGGGGCAUUAAGCACAAAUGGGACCGUCAUGAGUGCCUUCCAAGAGAGUGGCAAAAAUUUCCAGAGCGAUAAUCCUGUAAAUGAAAAUGCUGUAAAAUUAUUUAACGGUCAAGGCGAAGCCAACUGUAAGGUAAACAAUGCGGAGGUGAAUGGACUAACCAAUUCCUUGAUAAGUGCAAAUGUAAUAAGCAGCCAUGUGAACCCAUUUUACGGGGCGAAUGAACCUACGUGUGACAUGGGGAAGGGACAUAUGCCCAAUGUAGCUGCCAACAAUUUCAACCAUGCUGUUAGUAGUUGCACUGAAAAUGAUGGGAAGACAACAAAUACAGGAGGGUCUUCAAAGGGGAAUAGUACAAAUAGGAGGUCACAGAAGGAAAGGCGGAGCACUGGCAGCAGGAAGGCUGCUCCCAGGGUAGCGACGAAGAGCACUGCCAACGUCACUGUGAUUACCGCCUCGAAUAUCACGUCCGACGCCACCACUCCUUCCAAUACCUCCAACGGCCUGCAGAAAAAGGACAAAGCAGAAGAGAAUGAAAAGAAGGAGGAUGAGGAGGAACUGCACGAGAAGGUGAAAGAUCUACCCAAAAUCACAGGCGUGAGUUAUGACAAAAAACAAAAACUGUGGGUGUCUCACUGGAGGUCAAAUUGUAAAACGAUACACAAAUAUUUCUCUGUAAAAAGGUACGGUUUUCAUAAUGCGAGGUUGCUAGCCAUUAAGUGUCGAAAGCAGAACACCAAGUAUAUUUCCACGGAUCCAGUGUUUGCUUACAAGGUAGGUAGCCAAUCCGGGGUCCAACUUGUCACCCAACCUGGGACCCAAUCCAAAGAGAGCGAAAUUUGUGGCGGCGAGAACCAUACUUCGGGCGAAGUUGUACAGGUUACGGGAAUUAUGUGUGAUAAGAAACCCUGUAGAAAAAGCUAUUCGAUUAGGAAGAAACCCAAGGGGAAAAGUAAGCAUUGCCAAGGGGUUGAUUUCCCUCGGGAGCUCCCCCCAAAUGAGAGCGCAGAAUCAGACACGCACGGAGUUGGUGCCCAGAAAGGCGAUCCAGGCAACGGCCCGCUAGGUAGGGCUAAUCCGAUUAAGGUUUCCCAAAAGAUCAGUCAUCAAAAUGGUCCUCCCUUGAGUGGUGGCCAUCCCGGUAGUGGUAACCUUAGCAACGGCCAGACCCAACACAUGCACAUCCCGGAAGAGAGAAACCAAGUUUGCUCCCCCCCAGGGAAGAACGAUCAGGGUGUAAUUUAUCCGCAGAAAGUGGAGGGCUCAAACGACCAGGCACAAAUGCUCAGGGAAAAUGAAUUGGUUGGCAAAUCCACACUUAAGGGUGAAACAAGCCAUGCAUAUAGUAGUAGCGGCAAAGUGUGCGUGCCCCAUUUUUUGAAACAACAAGAAAGUCAGGCAACGAACUGUUCUGGCGGUGGCAUUAGCGGAAGUGUGAACAGCAUCUCGAAUGGCUAUUUGGGCAACACCCUGAAUAGCACUCAUAACGGUAGUCUGAACGGCAGUGAGAGUGCACAAAAUUUCCAAGCGGAGGAACAGCGUCAAAGCGUAAUUUGCGGCAAAACGGGUCAGCAAGGCAAGAACGAAAAGGUAGAGAAAUCAAAUCGGAAGAAGGACUACCUAAUAAACGCACAGCUUCACAAGAAACUCAUAAAGAACGAAUUGUAUAAUAAGCUCAUUAACAACCAACUGAGCAACGAACGAAUAAAAAACAGCAAUUAUUACUGUAGCCUAAUUAAUAGCAAAUUUUACAUACAGGUGAUUAACAAUCAUCUGCAUGCACAGCUGCAGAGGAAACAACGAGAAGUCACGAAAGGAUGUUCCAAUGGAUUAUACAAUGGACAGUGUAAGAAUGCUGCCUCUUUGGGGAAAAACUCAUUUUCGAACAGUGAAAAUUUUACCAACAGUAAAACUAUGCAAGAUCAGAACGCCCACAAUUUGUUCCUACGGAGCAGCAGUGGUGAUGCUGCAGCUGGUGUUACUGGUGGGGGUACGCAUAAGGGUAAUCCUCAUUUUACCAACGCGGGGCCUACGUACGGAGGGAAAAUAAUAACCCCCGGUGAAUAUGCUAAUAAUGGUACUAGCCCAUACUCGAAAAAUUCUAACCCCCCAAUUGAUGGUAAGCGUAGUGGUUUCCCUAAUGAUUCGCCCCGAUUAGGUGCGUCACUCCCCAUGGUGCAGAACUACCCUAACGUGAAAGACGGUAAUAAUUUACUCAGUUGUGCGGGUUUGCAAAAUGGUAGUGGUUCAAACAACACCAACGGGGAUAAGGGUUGUGCUGGCAUGCACGUAAAGGAUGAGGCACCUUAUUUUGGCAGGACCGCCCAGAUGAUCGAAAAUAAUUUCAAUCUCGAGGGGGCAUCAACAUUCUCGAACGGUGAGAAAUUUCUAAGCGGUGGCCCUAUCCAGUAUCGCAACAACAUUAGUAACAAUCAAGGUGGCCUAAUGAACGUCAGCAGUAGCAGUAUCGUGCGUAAUAACCACAAUGUGCAAGAUGCUGUGAACCCAUAUAUAAACAGGGAAGGCCCUGUCAGUAGUGGUGGGAAUAACAGUAGGGGUGUAGUGAAUGAGGGUGGCGUCUUACUCAACGGCAUGGCCACACAAGGCAGGCACUUCCUCCCAGGUAGCAAUAGCAGCAGUAGUAACAAUGGGAGUAACCAAAACAAUUGCUUCCGCAGUGACGGCCGAGAUGCGUUAGAGGGAAAAUGCACUUCCCUCAACAACGACCCUCUUAAGGGCACUACCCAGUACGGCUACAGUGGCAAUUUCGAAUAUAACAAUAACUACGGAAACCAGUUUUAUGCUGACGGUAAGUACCAUCAUAGAAACGGCGCAGAUAUUCAAAGGGCAACUAUGCAAGAAGGCUAUUUGCUAAAUACUCGAAUGGGCAAUGAAAUGUUGAAUGAGGGACAUUCCAAGGUGAGUGAAAGCGAUGGAGGAAGAACCCUACUACCCCCAAACGAAAGCAACCCUGUGAACCAAAUGGACGAAGAAAAAAACAAACUGAUGAUCUCGAAGAUUACAACAAAAUAUAUCCUCACAGAUAUCAAAAAUAAAUGCCUAAGAAAUUGCUCUAGUAAUUUUUUAAAACAUUUUCCAGACAUAAAAAAUGUUAUUAACAAGCACAUCAACAAAAUUUCCGAGGCGAAUUCUAUUUGCACAAUAAGACCUUAUAUUCAGCUAUUUAGUAAACUGCUGGAGAAGAGAAAGCUGCUACACAUGCUCGCUCCGAAUGCACAGGAGUUGUACAUUUACAGCUUGCAGAAAUUGCCCCUUUGA